UUACAACAUUUCUGACCAUUCACGUGGACCAGAGCGCCACCAAGCGGUCAACCAAAGCCUCAUUACAAAUACACCACCUAACCAAACCCCCUUCUCCCACAAUCCCACUGAAUCUCCACCACCCACCAUCAACCAUGGCUGUGCUGCUUCUGCUAGCCGCCGCCAUCCUCUUCGUCUCCACCGUCUUCUACCUUCUACCAUCCAUCUACCAACGCCUCAGGUUCAACCUUCCUCCCGGCCCACGCCCACUUCCCAUCGUCGGAAACCUCUACGACGUCAAACCUGUUAAAUUCAGGUGUUAUGCCGAAUGGGCGAGAACUUAUGGCCCGAUCUUCUCUGUCUACUUAGAUUCGAAGCUAAACGUGAUUGUUAACAGCUCGGAGUUGGCUAAGGAGGUGCUGAAGGAGAAUGAUCAGCAGUUGGCUGAUAGGCAUAGGAAUCGGGCGACGAUGUCGUUUAGUAGAGGUGGAAAGGAUUUGAUCUGGGCUGAUUACGGACCUCACUAUGUGAAGGUCAGGAAAGUGUGUAAUUUGGAGCUGUUUUCGCCUAAGAGACUUGAAGCUCUGAGACCUAUCAGAGAAGAUGAAGUCACUGCCAUGGUUGAAUCCAUUUUCAGACACUCUACUGAUCUUGAUAAGCGUGGAAAAGCCUUACCGUUGAGGGGUUAUUUAGGAACAGUUGCAUUCAACAAUAUUACAAGAUUGACAUUUGGGAAGCGAUUCGUGACUCCCGAAGGUGGAAUGGAUGAUCAAGGGCAAGAAUUCAAAGGAAUUGUGUCUAAUGGGAUCAAGAUCGGUGGCAAGGUUUUCAUGGCCGAGAAUAUUCCAUGGUUACGUUGGUUCUUUGCAGGUGAAAACGAGAUUCUUGCUAAACAUGAACAACGCAGAGACCGACUUACAAAAGCCAUCAUGGCUGAACACGAUAUUGCACGCAAGAAAACCGGUGGGACCCAAGAGCAUUUCAUCGAUGCUUUGCAUACACUUCAACAAAAGUACGACCUUAGCGACGACACAAUCAUUGGACUUCUUUGGGACAUGAUUACAGCAGGAAUGGACACGACAUCGAUCUCGGUGGAAUGGGCAAUGGCGGAGUUAGUAAAGAACCCACGGGUCCAACAAAAGGCUCAAGAAGAGCUCGACCGUGUAAUCGGAACCGAUCGAAUCAUGUCAGAAACCGACUUCUCAAAGCUUCCAUACCUCCAAUCAAUAGCCAAAGAAGCCCUAAGAUUACACCCACCUACCCCAUUAAUGCUCCCACACAAAGCCAAUGCAAACGUAAAGCUUGGUGGAUAUGAUGUUCCAAAAGGUGCAAUCGUCCAUGUUAAUGUGUGGGCCAUAGCACGUGACCCGGCCAUCUGGAAGGACCCGGAGGAGUUUCGGCCAGAGAGGUUCUUUGAGGAGGAUGUGGAUGUAAAGGGUCAUGAUUACCGGCUACUGCCUUUUGGCGCCGGUAGGAGGGUGUGCCCGGGUGCACAGCUGGCGAUUAAUUUGGUGACGUCUAUGUUGGGGCAUCUUCUGCAUCAUUUUGAGUGGACCCCACCUGCAGGAAUGAAGCCAGAGGAGGUGGACUUGACGGAGAAUCCGGGGAUGGUUACUUACAUGAAACACCCGAUUGAGGCGGUGGCGACACCACGGUUGCCGAAUAAUCUGUACAAGCGGGUGCCUGUCAGCGUGUGAUUUUCUAGGGUUUUGUAAUGUGAACUGUUUGUAACUUUGUUUUAUGGAAUGGGUUUAUUUUAUUUUA